AUGUCUAUCGAGAAAUCGAGGGCCCUCGCGGCCACCGCCGAUACCUCGCGCAUCGAGUCGCCGGUGACGGUCAAGGCCUACUUUAUGUGCGCAUUCGCGGCAUUUGGUGGCAUCUUCUUCGGGUAUGACUCGGGUUAUAUCAAUGGUGUCUUGGGAAUGAGAUAUUUCAUUACCCUCCACACAGGCCUAUCCCCCACUCUCCUCGACAACCCAGAUACUGCCGACCAAUUCGCUAUUUCAGCUUCCAACACGUCCUUGAUUGUCUCGAUUCUAUCCGCUGGCACCUUCUUUGGCGCCAUCGUAGCGGGCGAUGUUGCCGAUUUCACCGGUAGAAGAACAACCAUCAUUCUCGGCUGUGGCGUUUUCAUCAUUGGCGUCAUUCUUCAGACAGCCUCUAGCACUGGUCUUGGCUUGAUCGUGGCGGGCCGCCUGAUCGCGGGAUUCGGUGUGGGUUUCGUCUCCGCCAUCAUUAUCCUCUACAUGUCCGAGAUCUCUCCAAAAAGAGUUCGAGGCGCAAUUGUGUCUGGCUAUCAAUUCUGCAUUACUGUUGGUAUUCUGCUGGCCUCGUGCGUCAACUAUGCAACCGAGGACCGCAAUGAUACCGGCUCAUACCGCAUUCCAAUCGCAAUCCAGAUGCUCUGGGCGAUCAUUCUUGCCGGCGGCCUGUUCCUCCUUCCGGAGUCUCCCCGUUACUUCGUCAAACGGGGCAACAUCCCUCGCGCUACCGAGGUCCUAGCCCGGCUCCGUGGACAACCACGCGACUCUGAAUACAUCCAACAAGAACUGGCUGAAAUCAUUGCCAACCAUGAAUACGAGCUCAAGGUCACUCCCCAGGGCAGCUACUUUGCCAGCUGGGCCAAUUGCUUCAAGGGAUCUCUCUGGCAAGGACACAGCAACUUGCGCCGCACAAUCUUGGGUACCUCUAUGCAGAUGAUGCAGCAAUGGACCGGUGUAAACUUCAUCUUCUACUUUGGCACAACCUUUUUCCAGACUCUUGGUACCAUCGACAACCCCUUCUUGAUCAGUCUCAUCACCACGCUUGUCAACGUCUGCUCAACUCCCAUCUCCUUCUGGACCAUUGAGAGAUUCGGCCGUCGCCCUCUUCUCCUGUGGGGUGCUCUUGGUAUGGUGAUCUGCCAGUUCAUCGUCGCCAUUGCCGGUACAGUUGAUGGUAGCAACCCCGCCACCGUCAGGGCCGAAAUCGCGUUUAUUUGCAUCUUCAUCUUCUUCUUUGCCUCGACCUGGGGCCCAGGCGCAUGGGUGGUUAUUGGCGAGAUCUUCCCUCUGCCCAUCCGCUCCCGGGGCGUUGCGCUCUCCACCGCCUCUAACUGGCUCUGGAAUUGCAUUAUUACCGUCAUCACCCCAUACAUGGUUGGUACCGAUCAAGGCAAUCUGGGCCCCCGAGUCUUCUUUGUGUGGGGAAGCCUUUGCACCUGCGCGUUCAUCUACGCUUAUUUCCUCAUCCCGGAGACCAAGGGUUUGUCGCUUGAGCAGGUCGAUCGCAUGCUUGAGGAGACUACUCCACGUACCUCGGCCAGAUGGAAGCCACAUACCACUUUCGCUGCUGAUAUGGGACUGACCGCCGAGGGUACUCUUGCUCCGGAGAUUGUUGGUGAUAUCGAGCGCAAGGGUUCUGCUGUUUAA